UUAGUGUGUUAGACGACAAUAGUUUUGGAUUUCCUUGAUUGUGAGAUUGAGGACUAUUUUUCUUUCUGUGUUUGUGGAUCAGUGUAUGUUAGGUCGAUUUGGAGUAUUGUGUAAAUAUUUCUUUUACGGGAUUAUUGACUGAAUUGUGCGAGACGUCUGCUGCAAUCAGAGUGAUAUACCGGCCAUCGCAUUGGUCCUUGAAGCGGAUAGAAAAGAACGAGAUAGAAUAGUGAAAGAGUUAUCCGACAUUCUCGACAUCUGAAGGGAGUUAAAAAGUGCCAAACAGUUGCGCAUGCCAAAUGAUUUCAAGAAUCGAUUACAAACCAAACGUUGAAACGUGCCAAGAAAAGAGGUUCUUAAAAGACAGCCCGCUUCUGACACCACACAGAUUCUUGCAACGUAAUGCAGCUACAUCACAUCUACAAUAUGUUAGUUCAAAGUGUUGUACCCUUGCUUGUCUUGACCAUGCUAUCGGUCAGUUCGACCGAUGGGUGUUAUUCUUCUGAUUUCAAGCUGGUAGAAAGGAGCUUAGUAGAAGAGCUAUUGGUGGAGAGAAAUUUGGGGAAAGAGUAUGCCUCUCUGGUUCUCAAUGACAAAAGAUAUCUCGAGCUGAAACACGAGUUAUAUAGAUUGGAAGAAACUUUAAAAGUGGAUGCGUGGCGAGCAAACGAUCAGAGGAAUCAAGUCUUUGGAGGUAAAUGUAAGAAAUGGUUCAAUCAUAUGUGCCUUGGAGGAAACGGAAAGAGGUCAUUGGAAGACCUGAACGGAUCCACAUCAAACCAAUCAGCUAUAGGAGGGGUUGAAAAACAAAGAAAUCCAGCAAGUUCUAGUGGUCAAGCGAAGGUCAUGUCAAAAGCGUCAUUCGCAGUUAUUGUUCUUUGUCUUCUUGUCCAACUAUUCAAGCGCAGAUAACAUUAGUAUUAAUAAAGUUACCCUAUUCCAUUGAAAA